GAUCAGCUUAAAUACACCCCGUCCCCGCCGCCUCCUCUCAUCAGUCCCGGCCUCCUCCUCGCCGCCGCCGUCUCCUACGCAAAACCAACUAGCUCCCGACGAAUCCAUACGGCCCGCGGGAAGAUGGGAUCCGAGGCGGACGCGGCGGACCUGACGGGCCCCCUCCUCGCCGGCGCGCCCCCGGCGACGGCGGCGGCGGGGGAGGCGGUGCCGCCGUGGCGGGAGCAGAUUACGGUGCGGGGGAUCGUGGUCAGCGCCAUCCUCGGGGUGCUCUUCUGCCUCAUCACGCACAAGCUCAACCUCACGGUGGGGAUCAUCCCCUCCCUCAACGUCGCCGCGGGCCUGCUCGGCUACUUCCUCGUGCGCGCCUGGACGGCCGCGCUCGCCAGGUUCGGCAUCGUGUCCAAGCCCUUCACCAAGCAGGAGAACACCGUCAUCCAGACCUGCGUCGUCGCCUGCUACGGACUCGCAUUCAGCGGUGGCUUCGGAACGUAUAUGCUUGCGAUGGAUCAGAAAACCUACGAGCUUAUCGGGACUGAUUAUCCUGGUAACAGGGCGGUGGAUGUUAUAAAUCCUUCGCUGAGUUGGAUGAUCGGCUUCAUGUUUGUUGUUAGCUUCCUCGGUCUAUUCAGUCUUGUUGCGCUGCGCAAGGUCAUGGUGAUUGAUUACAAGCUCACCUAUCCCAGUGGAACUGCUACCGCUAUGUUGAUAAAUAGCUUCCACACUACUACUGGAGCUGAGCUUGCAGAGAAACAAGUUAGCUGUCUUGGGAAGUAUUUAAGCAUUAGUUUUAUCUGGAACUUGUUUAAGUGGUUCUUCAGUGGGGUUGGGGAUUCUUGUGGCUUCGAUAAUUUCCCUUCUCUGGGGCUUGCGGCAUUUAAGAACACGUUUUAUUUUGACUUUAGUCCAACCUAUAUUGGAUGUGGUCUUAUAUGCCCACACAUUGUUAACUGCUCGGCACUUCUUGGAGCCAUUAUAUCUUGGGGUUUCCUGUGGCCAUAUAUAUCCACAAAAGCUGGAGAGUGGUAUCCAGCUGACCUAGGAAGCAACGAUUUCAAAGGACUCUAUGGAUACAAGGUUUUCAUAUCUGUAUCUGUGAUACUCGGUGAUGGUAUCUAUAACCUCAUUAAGAUCAUUUAUGCAACAAUCAAGGAAAUAAUGAAUGCACGAUUAAAGCAAGGAAGACUUCCUCUUGUCCGGGUUCAGGAUGAUAAUGGAACUUCUAAAUUAUCAUCCGAGGAAAAACUUCUGAAUGAGGUAUUUGUAAAAGACAGUAUUCCUCCCUGGUUGGCGGGAUCUGGGUAUGUGUGCCUUGCAGCAAUAUCAACUGCAACUGUGCCAAUGCUGUUCCCUCAACUCAAGUGGUACCUUGUCCUAUGUGCUUAUGUUGUUGCUCCCCUACUUGCCUUCUGCAACUCUUAUGGCACGGGCCUGACAGAUUGGAGCCUUGCAUCCACAUAUGGAAAGAUUGGCCUAUUCAUUUUUGCCUCAUGGGUUGGCCAGAAUGGUGGUGUGAUUGCCGGCUUAGCAGUUUGUGGUGUUAUGAUGUCCAUUGUAUCCACAGCUGCCGAUCUCAUGCAGGACUUCAAGACUGGUUACCUGACCCUCUCUUCACCAAGGUCCAUGUUUGUGUCACAGUUGAUUGGGACUGCCCUUGGCUGUGUAAUUGCUCCUCUCACCUUUUGGCUUUACUGGACGGCCUUCGACAUUGGCAAUCCUGAUGGCAUGUUCAAAGCUCCAUACGCAGUCAUAUUCCGUGAGAUGUCAAUCCUGGGUGUUGAAGGAUUCUCAGCGCUGCCGCAGCACUGCCUAGCAAUCUGCUCUUUCUUCUUUUUUGCGGCCAUAGCAAUCAACCUCCUGAGGGACGUCACUCCAAACAGCGUGUCCAAAUUCAUCCCACUCCCGAUGGCCAUGGCUGUCCCCUUCUACAUCGGAGCAUAUUUUGCGAUUGACAUGUUCGUUGGGACGGUUAUCUUGUUUGUCUGGGAGAGGGUGAAUCGCAAGGAGUCUGAGGACUUUGCAGGCGCCGUUGCUUCUGGUUUGAUCUGUGGUGACGGGAUCUGGAGUGUCCCUUCUGCGAUACUGUCCAUCAUGAGGAUUGACCCACCGAUGUGCAUGUACUUUAAACCAUCUGUUGCGUACGGCUGAAAAUAGAGCGAGGUUGUCCGUUUACUGGGAUGCAUAAAUAGAAAAGCAUUACACUGUACAUAUCUUACACAAUUGAAAUUUACAAUGCCGCAAAACAGCAGCAGUUCUCUCAUUGUGUUAAUAUAUCUUAUUCUCCUCUGA